CAUUUCCAGACAUUGCUACACUUCAACGCUUUACCUUCCAGCAAAUAAUCAUUUCCUUCACCAUUACGUGAAUGUCUAUAAUAUUGGACCAGCUACGAGACCUAGUGACCCAAUCCGCAAAGAACGACCAUCAGCUCUACCGAAGAACUAAGCACCAGUUGCUCUUGCAAUCGCUCGACCAGUACCCCACGUUUUCUCCUUGGCUUAACGGGCAAAUAUAUAGGCACUGGCUUACUAAGUCCUCCCAACAGAAGAGAUACAUGCUCAUCACCGUGGCCGUUAUUGCUUCUGCCUCCUUGUACAUCAUUCUUCCAUCCCUUUCUCACAUCUACAAGUCAAAACAGCAAAUCUCGCAAGAAGAGGAUAUGUUUCAGUCAAAAAAGCGGGUUGACAAAAACACUACCGGCUUCAUCAACCUCCGAAACGACUGUUUUGCCAACAGCACCAUCCAGGCUUUAGUAAGUUUAUCCGGAUUGGUGGACUAUUUGAAUGAGGUGACCACGGCCUACGAGGCCUUUUUAGCGGAUAAUCCCGUUAAACGUGCCGAACUCUACCGGGAGACCAAAAAGGACGACCCUGUUAUCCCGUUGCAUGUGGCCCUUGCUAAGCUCUUGGCAGAACUCCAGAAGGUCACCACCAAGGUCACCACCAUCUCUGCGUGGUCGGUAUUACACGUUUUAGAGCGCAUUUUCAAAGCAAAGAUCUCCCGCAACCAACAUGAUGCACAUGAGUUGAUGCAGCUCAUUUUUGAAACCCUUGAAAAUGAAAACGGGGCGCUAAAGAAAUUGGUGGCAGAUUCUUCUGGACCUCAUACAGACGGCUCCUCAAAUGCAUCUCAUUCGGAUAGUUCUCCGCUUCCCUCUUCUCUAGAUGGCUCAAUUCUAGAUGGUAGAUCCUCAAAUGGCUCGCCAAUUAGUGCUCCAGAUGGCUCAAUCCCUCCAUUUCCCUUUGCUGGACUCCUCAUGAACCAACUAACUUGUUUGAGCUGCUUGGGCCAAUCGAAGCCCACGUUCCAACACUUCCUGAUUCUUUCUUUACCCACGCCACACGAGUCACUGACGACGCUUGAUGACAUCAUGCGAAGAAACGAGGUUGAGUUGAUCGAGGAAUACGGCUGCUUGCGCUGCCAAUUGAACGCCUUAUUCAAGGCUGAGCCAUACAGGGAAGGCGAAUCCUGUCCGGAGAGACAGCAGCUAUAUGUGCUCCAUACCCAGGAUCUUGAUGUGAACGCUGACAUUCCGGAGCGCUUGGUGGCGUACAUGGAAGCUUACACGACCCCCCAUUUCCGCUUGGCGUCAGUUAAAACCACGGUGAAGCGUGUGGUCCAGAUCGUGGAUGCUCCCAAGAUCUUUGCCCUCCAUUUGUCCCGUUCCUUGUAUACCAGUGCCGGCCAGUUAGUGCGAAACAGCUGCAGAGUCUCUUUUGACGAACGGUUCAGUUUCAACAUCAACGGAAAUUCUGUCAAGCAGAUGAUGCAGUAUAGGGCAGACGAGCUGAGGGUGAAGGCGUUGAAGGCUAAAGUGUUAACAGAGGAGGCGGAGGAAGGUACUGACGCAAAUACCAAGGUAGACGACGCGGACGAAAAUGCCAAGGUGGAGGACGAUUCUGAGGAUGAAGAUGCGAUUGAGGAGGAUCAGAAUAGAGAAACCGACGCGGAAGGCGACAGUGACAAUGACUACGAUACCCAUUUACUGUCCUCCCGGUCCAGCUACCGUCUCAGGUCCAUCAUAAAGCACCAGGGCACGCAUUCCAUGGGUCAUUACGAGUGCUUCAGACACAAACCCAUCUUUGUGAAGGACCCCAGUGGGGUCGGUGCUUUGGUCGUGUUUCCCAGCUUAAAACUCCUUGAUCCUAGCGAUAGUAGCUUCUCCAGACACAACCGGCCCUCGUUUUCGGGUAUGGCAUUGAAUAACUUCAGAGUUAACAAGGUCAUGACGUCUCUUGAGACACCGAUUUACGAAACGCCAUUCAGUUCUCCAUUCUCUGGGUCUCCGAUACCUGAGGAUGGCUCCAGGUUGAGAGCUCUUUCCAACGUUUUUUCUUCCAGAAGGUCCAGCGUGUCUCUGGGAAGGUCGAUGCUCCGCAACAGUCCCUCGGCCACGGAUCCAACCAGUGUUUCGCUUCAGGAAGCUUCUGACCCGCCACCAAAGGCCAAGUUUAAGAAGUUAGCCACCUAUGUGAAGUACCCGUACUGGCGAAUCAGCGACUCCCACGUGACCGAGGUUUCCAAGAGUGAUGUUCUCUCCGAGACCAAUUCCGUGUACAUGUUGUUCUACCAGAAGAGUGAUUAACCAGAUAAGAGAAAGGCUCCAUCUAGACUCUGACGUAUUUAUGAUGCACUCUUUUAGCUGCUUAUGCAUCUUUAUGGAUCGCAGAUAUGCUUACUACUGUUCCUAGUUUUCACCCCUUAUGGAGUGACUAUAAUUAAUCUAUUUGACAGCAAUCUAGACCAUCUUAGAAUUACGGGUUGG